AUGUCCGAGUCUGCGAGAGCAGAGUCCGAGGCUGCUCAUGCAGAUGAGCAUUCAUCGCCCAGCUCUAUCGGCGGCGAUGAGGAUCGCUCCGUGGAUAAGAACGGCGACCAGCCGCCCCGCAAGAGACAGCGAGUCCGCCUGUCCUGCCUAGAAUGCCGCCGGAGAAAGCUGUCGUGUGACCGAGGCUAUCCAUGCGAGAGAUGUCUUAAAUCAGGCACACCGGAUCGCUGCACAUACGAGACCAGGCCUGGGGUCGCGCCGCCACCAAAGCCUGCCGGCCUUCAACUCUCUCAGUAUGAUGGCCGGCUGUCUUUGUCCAAUGACAACCUCGUCCGCAAGGAUAGCGCCAGAGACUUUGACCGCAUACGAAGACUGGAGAUCGAGGUCUCCCAGCUGAAGAACCUGCUGUCGAAGCAGCUCGGCAGUGAUGGUGGCCUCGCCGUCGACGCCGCCUCUCAGGCCACCGUGAGGCCCGAUCCGGACCUGGUACCCGAGCACAAACUGCCCGAAUUCAUGCAGUACGGUCAUGACGCCGGCGACGAGAUGCGCUUCUUCCGAGGCAAGGAGUUCCGGACCCGGUACUUCGGCCCCCACAACGCCUCCAUGGCGUUCAGCCAGUUGACGGGGCUGUCGCCAUUCAUGAAGGAGACGGCCGAAGAAUGGCUCAAGCCACUGCACGUGGCUGCGCGGACCAAGAACCGCGACCAGAGGAAGGCGGAACGGGAGGCCAAGUUCAAGGCUGCCGACCUCGAGCUCGAACAGCUCCUGCCCUCCAAGAUGGAGACGGACAUGCUCACCUCCCUAUACCUAGAUCAGUUUGAGCAGCUCCACCGCAUCGUCCACAUCCCCAGCUUCAGGCGCAAAUACGAACGGUUCUGGAUACCGACCGAGGUUCGACCAGCGGCGUACACUGCUCUGGUCCUCGCGAUGAUGGCAGUCUCGGCUUGUAUGAACAGCAACUCCUCUUCGCCGCCCAAGUUCACAGGAAUGGUGUCGUGCGCUCACCAGACAGCCGAAAAGUGGAUAUGGGCAUGUGAGGAAUGGCACAGGAAGCAAAGCCAUAAGCAUCGCCGACUCAUACACUACCAGAUAGCAUUACUAUUAUACCUGGCGAAGAGGGUCAACAACGUGAAGAAGAAGCGAUUCUGGACGAAUUCUGGCAUAUUGACCCGUGAGGGCAUUUCCCUGGGCUUGCACCGCGAUCCCGACGCGAUGAUUGGUGCCAGCCGCAACAUCUCCGUCUUCAACCAAGAGAUGCGAAGGAGGCUUUGGGCAACAAUACAGGAAUUUGACUUCCAGGCGUCGUUCGAUCAUGGCUUACCCACCAUCGUCAGUUCGCUUCAUCUGGAUGUGAAACCCCCGAGGAACAUCGACGACGACGAGUUUGACGAGACUGUGACCGAAUUGCCGCCGUCUAGGCCGGUUUCCGAAUAUACCGGCGCUUCCUUUCAGCAUCUGUGCCGGCAAAGCCUACCCCUUCGGCUGGAGCUCAGCAAGCUGCUAUCAGGCCCACCCGAAGAUCUCGACUACGAGCAAGUGAUCCGCUAUACGAACGAGAUCACACAAGAGAUAGAUGCGCUUCCUUCGUGGGAUACCUCGGCCAGCAUGGAAGAACAGGAGUCACCGAAACCAUUACUUGCAUAUACUCUCCUCCAUGUGCAGCUGCGGCAGUAUAUCAUGCCGCUGCAUCAGCCAUUCUUACGGAUGCGCAAGGUCAAUUCCAAGUACCAGUUCUCAGAGGUCAUGUUCUACAACGCGGCGCGCGACAUGGUGCUCCUGCACGAUAAGCUCACAGAGUUUGGCGUCCGCACGUUGAAUUUCCUUCGGGAAGAUGCCCUCACACUUGCCCUAAACCUGACGAGCGUCACGAUGCUUCAGUCUCGUGGGAGUACGAACAUGAUCAUGGUCAAUAGCCCGCACACUCUCAAGCUGCUAGACCAGUGCCUACAGAUGAAAGAGGACCGGAUCCUACGUUGCGGGAACAACGAGCCGUGGGGUUACAGCAUCAUGUGCGCUGCCUACGGCCUGCUCGAGACGCACCUGGGGAUCAAGGACAGCCAGACAGCUAAGAGCUCGAGCGCGGAGAGGUUCAUCAACCUGCACUACCGCCUGCUUGCUGGCCAGGAACCGCCAGUGCUGGGGCCGCAGCAGCAGCAGCAGAUCGCUGCCGCCCAGGCGCAACAUUCCCAGCAGCAGAGUGGAGGGACGAACCUACCCCCGCGUGCAGAAGGACCGAGCCUGCUCGAGAGGGCCAAGACCAUCACGCCCUUCCUGCACCCGGGGAUGCCUGUCACUGCUGCUACCGCUGCUGGGGGAGUUGGAGGACCGCCGGUUAGUGGAGGGGGGGACGUGGCCGGGCUGCCGAGCACACCUUGGUGGCUGGCCGCGGCGGAUCCCACCGUAAGUCUACCUCCCGAUGGGGCCGGGCCUGUGCAUGGGCCUGCUCCGGAACGCAGUAGUAACCGCGAUUCGUCACAAAUGCAGAUGCAGCAGCCCCAAGGGACGCUCAACCCCGAGUUCAACAUGGAGAUGCUUGGGUUUAACUUGGGUGAGCUGUGGGCAGUGGACACUUGGGACGCAUAUUAG